CCGCCAACCGAGUAUGAAAGGCAGGCACAUCCGAUCCGCAUCUGAUCUGCUCACAGUUCUUUUCGUUUGGUGCUUGCCUCGAUACGUUUCAUUUCAAAGUUUGCCCUUCUGUUACUCCCGCUUCUCAUCGCUCUUGCCCGCUCGCUGGAUCGUCCUUUGUGUCGCUGACGCCGAGCAAGAUGCUCUUGUCGAGGCACACCGCUAUCCCCGACAACACUAUACACAGCCUCCUCGCCCGACGUUCCCAAGCCGUCAAUGCGACCGGGACUGCCUCCAACGGUAGCAGCGGCACUGCCUCAUAUGUUGGAUACGUCUCCGAUCCCAAUGGUCGCGGCACCACGUCCCUCGUCUUGUCCUGUCUUCUAACACUCAUCCUCUGCGUCUGGUCUGCGCUCCACCUCAACGUGCCGGCCCGACGCCGCAGCAUUAUCCAAGUCUUCUGGCUCAACAUCCGCUGGAUCUUUGCUGGCAUCUACGCCCCUGAGCUCGUAGUCUUUGUUGCUUGGCGUCAAUGGUGCUCCGCGCGCAUGCUCCAGCAACACAUAUUGCAUCUCCAUGCUGAUGCCAAAGAGCGUGGCGAUGACCGGUCCUCAGAAACGACUCACAGCGACCUGCCUCCCUGGACCAUGGCUCACAGUUUCUUCGCUUGUGCGGGUGGCUUUGCCAUCGAGCUCGAAAGCCUGUCUGGAGGCGUCCUCGACCAGUCACACCUGUCCGACGGAGACAACGGCGAGAAGACGGAAAGCCCACGGCUCACCCUCACCGCCAGGGGUGUGAUGCUCCUUGCUAGUAGCGGAUUCGUACCACGCGUGACCAAGGCCGAGAUCGAAGACAAGUCCAAGGCAAAUGAUCUUGCCAAGGCCACAGUCAUCGUACAAGCCACCUGGAUGCUCGUGCAGGUCAUCGGCCGCCUCGCCGCACACCUGCCCGUCACGCUCCUCGAGGUCAACACAGUUGCCCAUGUCCUCUGCGCCUUCGCCAUGUACGUUUUUUGGUGGGACAAGCCCUUGCUGCCAAACGAGCCCAUCAUCCUGCGAGACGAGUCCCUCGCACCCCUCGUUGCCUUCAUGUACGCCAGCAGCGAGAUCAGCGGUCAUGUCAAGCACAAGCAAAAAAAUGUCAAGUCUCAGACGUUCAUAAAAACUCUAUUUGCCAACCUCAACCUAUAUUCAACAACGCCCGAGCUGGAAACGCUUUGUCUGUUGCGGCCCCGUGAGGAUAGCGAAGGUGGUGAGACUGCGAAGGGCGAAGCAGAAGAUAUUGUCAAGCAUCCGAAUCUCGCAUCUGUCACUCAAUUCCCUGGCAGUGUUCAACGCGCGCCGCCAUCUUGCCUGCGCCCUCUUGAAAAGACCCGCCAGAAGGAGCAAGGCACGGCAUUCUUCGAGCGCAGGCCGCGAGUCAUCUCGCACCAAGACCAGACUGCCGAGGAUCCUGCUCCCUCAGAUAUGUCUCGAUGGUCUCUCAUUCAGCAAGCCUUUCAGAAAUACCCGGAUCUACUCCUUCGCAAUCGUAUACUUCUAUCCCAUUCUGUCGGCGAGCAUUCGUCCUGCUUGCACCUGCGACCUGAACAGCUUGUCGCCACGCACAUCCCCAAUUGGCCCUCAAACGACCUUCUCCGUUCCGUCAACGGCCUCAUCGUCGGCAUGAUUCUCUGGCUUGCGAAUCUCUGCUAUGGCGGCUUCCACGCAGCCGCUUGGAACGACCACUUCCCGUCUGUCCCAGAAAAGUGGCUGUGGCGAGCCUCCUCCUCCUACAUUGGCUUCUGCGGAGGCUUCUGGGUGGUCCUCAACUCGGCCGUGGCUCGCUGGCCCGCCCUCAAUGCCUUCUGGGAGAAGUGGAUGGACGGCGAAAAGUCCUUGGCUCAGAGCAUCGGCCUCGGAGUCAUCGUCUUCACGUGCGGAUUUAGCCUGAUGCUGGCCCGCAUGUACGUUGUAGUAGAGGCUUUCAUCAGCAUCCGCGAGCUGCCCGCCGCGGCAUAUGAUACCCCCGAUUGGACAGAUCUCUUUCCUCACUUUUGAUCAAUCACUGUAGAUGCGUAGGAUACCCCUCAAAAGCAUAAGGCGUUCAUAACUGGGCUGGCGCACAAAUGUUUAGAAUAUGAAUCAUGGCGCCCAUGCUUAAGACGAAAAGGGAACAAACAGGGCAGACAUCGCCGGGGCAGGCGAAAAGAUG